AUGACCAAAAUCUACCUGGACAACAACGCGACAACACCAUUGGCACCCACAGUCGCCGCAAAAAUCACAGAAGCUUUGGGAUUUUGGGCAAAUCCAUCGAGUAACAAUGAAAAUGGUGGGUUUUGGCUGGAAAAAUUAAAAUUUAAAAAUUUCAAAUUCAAAAAUGUUCCAGCAAAAUUAGCCGCCAGCGAAAUUGCCGAGGCUCGCCGAAAUUUGGCGAAACUUUUCAACACCCGGCCAGAUUCGGUGAUUUUUACGUCGGGAGGAACUGAAUCGAAUAAUUGGAUUAUUCAUAGCGCAAUUUCGCGCGCGAAAAAUCGAAUUUCGGCGGCGAAAAAGCCGCAUGUGAUUACGAGUUGUAUUGAGCAUCCAUCGAUUUUGGAGCCGUUGAAAGUGCGCGAAGAAAAUGGGGAAAUUGGUGGGUUUUUUGAGGGGGAUUACUGUAGAUUACUGUAGAUUCUUUUGGCUUCAAAAAAUACAUUAUUUAAAAAAAUUAAAGCUGAUUUACUAGCGAAAAUUCCACGUGGAAUCUGAAAUUAAAAAAAAGAAAAUAAAAUUAAAAUUAAAAUAAUUCAAUGUUUCAAAAAUUUCAUAAAGGUUUUUUUGAAAAACUGACUUUUAUUCAUAAGUUCUCCCAAAAAAAUCCUUUGAAAAAUAUGUAUCUCAUGAAAUAUGUCACUGUUUCAAGAUUUCUUGAAAAUUUUAAAUUUUUCGAAGAAAUAUCAAUUAAAUUUCUCGAAAUUAAAUUGAAAUUUGAAAAUCUUUUGGUUGAAAAAAAAUUCACUGUUUCAAAAAUUUCAUAAAUUUUCAUUUUCCGAUUUCUUUUUGAUUAAUAUGAAAAGGGACAUUUUAAAACAAAUUUCACUUGGAUUUGAGAAAAAAUAAAUUCGAAAAUUUUUCACUGUUUCAAGAUUUUUUUUUAAAUUUUAAAUUUUUGAAGAAUAAUCAAUAAAAUAAGGUAAUUGAUUUAUUAGAGAAAAUUCCACGUGAAAUCCAGGAAAUUUCAUUCAAAACUUUGAGAAAAAAUUCACUGUUUCAAAAAUUUCAUAAAGCAUUUAUCAAUUUUAUUUUGAUCAGUUCUUGUGAGCAUCUACUGAAAAAUUGAGAGAAACUUUUUUUACAUAAAAUUCCUUUGAAAAAUAUGUAUCUCAUGAAAUAUGUCACUGUUUCAAGAUUUCUUGAAAAUUUUAAAUUUUUCGAAGAAAUAUCAAUAUAAUUUUUUUUUGAUAUUCCAAAAUAAAAUUUAUUCAUUAUUGAAAAUUCAAAAUUCCACGUGGAAUCCAUAAAUUGCAUUCAAAACUUUGGGAAAAAAUUAACUGUUUCAAAAAUUUCAUAAAAGUUUGUUUUGAACUGGAGAAACAUUCAGUAUUUUCUACUACUUGAAAAUUUUUGAAAUUGUUUUUUCACAAAAUAUUGUCACACGAAUUUGCUUUGUAAAAUAUCUUAAGAAAAUUUUUCACUGUUUCAAGAUUUUUGAAAAUUUUAAAUUUUUGAAGAAAUAUCAAUUACACAACUUGUUACACAAGGUAAUAUCCGUAUUCUAAUAAAAUUGAUUUAUGGAAAAAAUUCCACGUGGAAUCCAGGAAAUUUCAUUCAAAACUUUGAGAAAAAAUUCACUGUUUCAAAAAUUUCAUAAAAGUUUUUUUUUUGACUGGAAAAAUAUUAGCAAAGUUUUAAGAAUUCAAGAAAAUUUUAAAUUUUUAGCCCCGAAAAAUUCGCUGUUUCAAAAAUUUCAUAAAUUUUUCAUUUUCCGAUUUCUCUUUGAUUGUUUCAUUGUCAGAAGGAAAAGGAUUUUGUAAAAAAAAUAAAUUUCAAAAUUUUUCAUAGACGUCACUUACAUCGCAAUCAAUCCACAAACCGGUCAAAUUUCCCCAUCUACCGUACUCCUCGCUGUUAGACCCGAAACGUGUUUAGUCACAAUUAUGCUAGCCAACAACGAGACAGGCGUGAUUCAACCGAUUCGCGAGAUUUUCCGCGAAAUUCGCCAAAAAUCAAUAAUUCUACAUUCUGACGUGGCACAGGGGGCCGGCAAAUUAUCGAUUGAUUUGGCGGAUCUGCAGGCGGACGCGAUUACUGUAGUUGGUCACAAAUUCUAUGGGCCGAGGAGUGGCGCACUGGUUUUGGGCCCGGAAUUUGAGUCGGAUUUGGAGCCGAUGAUUUAUGGUGGAGGACAGGAGAUGGGAAGAAGAUCGGGGUACUGUAAUUUCAAAAUAAUUAGGGUUACUGUAGACUAAAACCCCUCUUGUUUGAUAUCAAAAAAUUCCAAAUUUCCGCCUCCUACAGUACUCCUACAGUACCCCUACAGUACUUUUUUGCAGAACCGAAAACACUCCAAUGAUUGUUGGAUUAGGAGAAGCCGCCCGGAUUUUCCUGGCCGAUGGUCAACAAAUCGAAAAUCAUCUUCGAGAAAUCCGCGACUAUUUUGAGCAACAAUUAAAGGUACUGUACCUACAGUACCCCCGCCUACAGUAAUUUUUCAUAGAUCCAUCUACCAACUGCUGCGCAUUUGGUUCAUUUCCAACAAUCGCCACGUCUCCCAAACACUUCCAGCGUAGCGUUUUUUAACUAUUCUCCGCAUUCUUGCGAUUUGGUGGAAAGGUGCGUGGAUUUUUGGGGCGAAUUUGAAAAUUCCACGUUUUUUGAUACUAAAUGUGCCUAAUUUUCAAGAAAUGCUAGCGAAUUUGAAAUUUUGGAUGAAAAUUGUAUAGAAAUUUUGAAACAGUCAAUUUUUAAUUUUUUUCGAAAAUUUAAAUUUCACUGAAAAAUUAUAAUUUUUGAGUCCAUUCAAAAUUCUAUAGAAAUUUUGAAACAGUGAAUUUUUAAAAUUUUUUGAAAAUUCAAAUUUCACUGAAAAAUCAUAAUUUUUGAGCCUAUUGCUCAUAUUAUACUGAAAUAUCCCCGACUCCCAAAUUAGACUUGUUAGGUCUCAAAAAACUACAGCAAAUUUGCAAUUUUGGAUAAAAAAUUCUAUAAAAAUUCUGAAACAGUGAAUUUUUAAAUAUUUUUUGAAUAUUCAAAUUUCACUGAAAAAUAUAAUAUUAGCCUUUCAUACGUCGGUGCACCUCGCUCCAUCGAACAAACACGCUCCGCAUCGCACGCGACGCGCCAAAAAAAGCGCACGAGUUCAAAAUGCAAACGAAAACCGUUUCGAAAAAAAAGAAAAACAAAAACAUAAAGAUGGCCGAGUGUGUCGGAUCCUAGGACGCGAAAAAAAACUUUUCUCUUCCAUGGCGAGUGCGAUAGAGCGAGGUGCACCGAUUGGUAAAAGGCUAAUAUUCGAGCCUAUUGCUCAUAUUAUACUGUAAAGUUCCAAUUUCCCAAAACUAGGCUUGUUAGGUCUCAAAAAAACCCACUUUUUAAUUUUACACUAAAAUUCCACUUGGUUUUUUGGUACUACAGCAAUUUCGCAAUUUUGGAUGAAAAUUGUAUAGAAAUUUUGAAACAGUGAAUUUUUAAAAAAUUUUUGAACAUUAAAAUUUCGCUGAAAAAUCAUAAUAUUUGAGCCUAUUGCUCAUGUUACACCAAAAAAUCUCCUAAUUUAAAAUUCCAAGUUUUUUGACACUAAAGACUUAGAGGACUUGAAGUAUUUUGUAGCAAAAAAUGUGUUCUUUUAAUUGUAAGCAAAUUUUGAAAUUUCGGAUGAAAUUUCUAUAAAAAUUUUGAAACAGUGAAUUUUUAAAUAUUUUUGAAAAUUCAAAUAUCACUGACAAUGAGAAACUAUAAUUUUCUCAAAUUUAAGUAUUUUCCGUAAAGAAAAAAUUAACAAAUUUAAAAUUUUGCAUCAAAAUUCUAUAAAAAUUUUGAAACAGUGACAUUUUUUCUUGAAAUUUUCGAACCCAUUGCUCAUAUUACCCCAAAAACUCCCAAUUUUUCAGAGCUCAAACCUUCUCCGCUUCCACCUGCGCAGCUUGCCAUAAAAACGAGUGCAGUCCAGUUUUAAUUGCAUGCGGGCUCAAUUUCGCCACCGCUUCAAAGACCGUGCGUUUCAGUUUCGGUCGGCAAACCAAAAAAUCCGAAAUUGAUACGGUGAUUCAGGAAUUGGUGCAAUUAUGUAUGUGA